UCAAAAUUAAAACUUUCUUCCAGAAAUAUAAGCAAAGAAAAUAUUGCUUUAGGGAUCUCAGAAGUUUAUGCAAAACAUAAAAGGCUGUCACAAGAAACUUCGCAAGGUGAUAUAGAAAUAUAUGGUGAAGAAGAGGCAACUAAAAUUUUUUUGGAAUUAUUUAAAA